AUGGAGAAUGUAACAACUACCAUACCCUUUUCAUCCCUUCGAAAAGAUCUCAAAGUAGGGGACAAAGUCCACAUUCUUUUGGGAGACCAUGAAGGUGUUACAGGUUGGGUAGUGAAUGGAGAUGAUGACUAUAUAGAGGUAUCUCCAGGGAUUGUCCAGUUCUUCAUCUCCCCCUUUGUCUUCGGAACAGAGUCCUUGGAUUUAAAAGCUCCCUUCACAGAUGUGCAAAAGUGUGUCAUGAAGGGGGACUCCAAUAGUCAUCUUGUAGGAAAACAAGUAAUGGUCACCAAAGGGGAUUUUAGAGGUUACCGAGGCAGAAUAAAAAGCACAGUUGGUGAAAAAAGGGUCUUGGUUGAGCUCGAGGCACACCUCCAAAGCCCACAAGUUUUUGACAUCAAUUCUCUACACAUCAUGCCUCGAGAGCUUCUCACCAAUUUUACUUACCCACUUGAACCAGUGCCUCUGCCUGGUACUCUGGCAGGCUUUUUGUUCGCUGGUUACCCCUUGCCGGAUCCGCAACCCUCAGUCACAUAUCCUGCUGCUUUCCUUCUGCAGACUCUGGCCAUUGCAGGGCCAUCUACUCCACUUCCUAACUUGGAAGAUAUCCUGAUGACCCCAGCUUGGAACCCAAGCUCACAAACCCCCCACCGUGGUGAUGAUGGUAAUUAUGUUUCUGAUGAUGAUUCAAAGUCAAUAGAUACUGAUGCAAUUGUGGCAGCCUCUUCUCUGUAUUGGCUCAAAGAUGGCUGCUUCGCCAACAUGAGACUGAGCCUUCAUCUCAUCAAUACCAACCCUAAUUUCCAUAACGGCCAGCACGAAGAUAAGUGCGGGGAGUUCAAGGGAGUGGUCAGAGAUGCAGUCAAGGUUCAACUCAGUUACAAAGUGGUUGAAGUGCCAUUUCCAUACUUAAUGCCUGAACGGCCGGAGUGCAAAGGCCAAGUCAUUACUGUGUUUGACAGCCCACAUAGGGGGUUACAGUUUAGGAUUGAGGAGUUUGGUGAAGAGGUCUGCGGCUGCUCGAUUUUGAAAUCAACAACACUUUUGAGAAAGGUUGAUGUCAAAAUUGCCACCAAUCUACUGGUAGUGACCUGA